AUGGCAACAGAAGAAGAAGUAGAAGUAACAAAAGUUUCAAUAGUACCAGAAGAUAUAGAUCAAACCACAACUACUCCAAUUCUACCUUCUCGAGAACCAAUUCAAUCCAUACUACAUUUGGACUCACCCAUUAAAUCCGAAUCUACAAAUUCAAAUUCAAAUUUAAAUGAUAAUUCACCAAAUAUAAGUUCAAUUCAAAGUUCUUAUGAUAAAUCUACUUCAAAUUAUUUACUACAAUCAAAACAUAAUAUACUAUCUAUAAAAUUUAAUAAUAAAGAAUCAACAAUACAAAAAUCAAUUGAAAAUGGAUAUGAAAAUAUUAAAAAUACAUUUAAUCAUAUAAAAAAUACAGUUGGAACUUAUCAAACUGAUUAUAAUAUUGAUUGGGAUUUUUGGACUCAAGUUGUUGAUAAUUAUGAUUAUAUAGUUAACAAUAAAUCAGAACAAUUAAAUAAUUUAAUAAAUUUAGGAAUUCCAAAAGAAAUUAGAGGUAUAAUUUGGCAAAUUGUAACUAAAUCCAAAGAUUCAAAUUUAGAAGAUUUUUAUAGGUUAUUAAAACAAGAAACUUCAAUUCAUGAAAAAGCUAUAAAGCGAGAUUUAACAAGAACAAGUUUUUUCACAAAUUUAGAAAGUGUUGAUAAAGCAAAUGAAUUAUUUAAUGUUAUAAAAGCUUAUUCAAUAUAUGAUCCAGAUGUUGGAUAUACUCAAGGUAUGAUUUUUAUAGCUGUACCAUUAAUAAUGAAUAUGGAUGAAAGUGAAUGUUUUUGUUUAUUAGUUAUGUUAAUGAAAGAAUAUCAAUUAAGAGAUUUAUUUUGUCCUGAAAUGAAAGGAUUACAUUUAUUAUUAUAUGAAUUUGAUUGUCUUUUAGCUAAUUAUUCACCAAUUUUAUAUAAUCAUUUAACAAAACUGGGAAUUAAAUCAUCAAUGUAUGCAAGUCAAUGGUUUUUAACAUUUUUUGCUUAUAAAUUUCCAUUAAAUAUGGUUUUAAGAAUUUAUGAUAUUAUAAUUACUCAAGGUAUGGAAUCAAUAUUAAAAUUUGCAGUAAAUUUAAUGAUUCAAAAUGAAAAUAUAUUACUUAAUUUGAAUUUUGAUAGACUACUAGAAUAUUUAAAGGAUAAAUUGUUUAAUGUUUACGUUAGUCCCAAAUAUAUUAGAGACAAAGAUACAACGAAGACAUCAGCCAACAGUAGUAGUACUGGUGGUAAGCUUAAUUUGUUACGAAAAUCAUCAAGUAACAUCCCUACAAUAAAUGAUAUGGAUUAUUAUAAACUUGAUGAAUUUGUAACUGAUUCAAUGAAAAUUAAUAUUGACCCCACAGAAUUAGCCAAAUUUGAAUCUAAAUUUAAUCAAUGUUGUGAAAAUGAAGAAUUAAAAUUAAAAGAUAUUGAAAAAUAUCAAGAAGAAAAUGGUAAAUUACGUAAACAAUUAAAACAAUUAGAAUUUAAAUUUAUGAAUUUAAAUCAUAAUCAUAUAGAUAUUGUACAAGCAAUGAUUGAUUUAAAAGUUUCAUUACCUGAAAUAAAUAAUGAAAAUGAUGAAUUAAAUCAAGAAAUUCAACAAUUAAAAACAGAUAUUGAAAAUUUAGAAUUAAAAACAAUUGAUGAAAAUUCAACGGCGAAUUUACCAAGUUCAAUUGAAAAUGAAAUUGAAGAAUUAUUAAAAGUAAAUGCUGACGAAGUUAAUAAAACUGCUAAUUUAGAAGAUGAAAUUGAAAAAUUAUUACAAGAAGAUGCUAUAUUGAGUCAACAAUUAAAAGAUUUUCAAAAAAAUAAUACAUGGUUUAGAUGGAGUUAA